UGGGAGCUGGAGGACCCGAGCGGGCGCGCUAGGGAGGCGGCGGGUAGAGAGCGAGUGAGCUAGGAGGGCGGGUGAGCACGACCAGCGCCCACUCCCGUCGCACCCCGGGGCCGGCCUCCACUAUCCGGGGCAGGACGAACUUCAUCAGGUAACUUGCCGUAGGAUGAACUAAGAGAAGAGGACCCAACACUUGUCAACAUGGAGAGACGUUCCCAAGUUUCCAAGAUGCAAAACUCAUCCUCACCAUUGGAAAAGCAAACUGGCCCAGCAAAUGGGAAUGGGGAUCUUGAUUCAGAGGAAGGUUCCGGCCUGGAGGAAAACGGCUUUAGCUGGGGAGACUAUUUGGAAGAAACAGGCACCAGGGCGGCGCCACACUCAUCCUUCAGGCAUGUGGAAAUCAGCAUUCAGAGUAACUUCCAGCCAGGAAUGAAGUUGGAGGUGGCCAAUAAGAGCAAUCCGGACACUUACUGGGUGGCCACCAUCAUCACCACCUGUGGACAGCUGCUGCUUCUGCGUUACUGUGGUUAUGGGGAGGACCGAAGGGCUGACUUCUGGUGUGACGUGAUCAUAGCAGAUCUGCACCCUGUGGGGUGGUGCACACAGAACAACAAGGUGUUGAUGCCCCCGGAUGCAAUCAAAGAGAAGUACGCAGACUGGACAGAAUUCCUCAUACGUGAUUUGACUGGUUCUCGGACAGCACCUGCAAACCUUCUGGAAGGUCCUCUGCGAGGGAAAGGCCCUAUAGACCUCAUUACAGUUGAUUCCUUACUAGAGCUGCAGGACUCCCAGAACCCCUUUCAGUACUGGAUAGUUAGUGUGAUUGAAAAUGUCGGAGGAAGAUUACGCCUUCGCUAUGUGGGAUUGGAGGACACUGAAUCCUAUGACCAGUGGUUGUUUUACUUGGAUUACAGACUUCGACCAGUUGGUUGGUGUCAAGAGAAUAAGUACAGAAUGGAUCCACCUUCAGAACUCUAUCCUUUAAAGAUGACUUCUGAGUGGAAAUGUGCUCUGGAAAAAUCCCUAAUUGUUGCUGCAGAGUCUCCUCUUCCAAUGGAAGUAUUUAAGGACCAUGCAGACAUUCGAAGCCAUUUCUUCACAGUUGGGAUGAAGCUGGAGACAGUGAAUAUGAGUGAGCCCUUUCAUAUCUGUCCUGCAUCAGUGACCAAGGUUUUUAACAAUCAUUUUUUCCAAGUGACUAUUGAUGACCUAAGACCCGAACCUAACAAACUCUCCAUGCUGUGCCAUGCAGAUUCUUUGGGAAUUUUGCCAGUACAGUGGUGCCUUAAAAAUGGAGUCAACCUCACUCCUCCCAAAGGUUACUCGGGCCAGGACUUUGACUGGGCAGAUUAUCACAAGCGGCACGGGGCAGAAGAAGCACCACCUUUCUGCUUCAGAAAUGCAGCAUUCAAUCGGGGCUUUUCAAAGAACAUGAAGCUGGAAGCUGUGAACCCCAGGAAUCCAGCAGAGCUGUGUGUGGCCUCUGUGGUCAGUGUGAAGGGGCGGUUGUUAUGGCUCCACCUAGAAGGUCUGCAGCCUCCAAUCCCAGAGGUCAUUGUGGACAUGGAUUCCAUGGAUAUCUUCCCUGUAGGCUGGUGUGAAGCGAAUUUUUAUCCUUUGACUACACCACAAAAAACAGUUUUAGAAAAGAAGAGAAAGAUUGCAGUUGUACAGCCGGAAAAAAAAUUGUCAUCCACAGUGCCUGUUGAGAAAAUACCUCAUGACCUUUGCUUAUUCCCUCACGUGGACUCUGCAGCAGGCACUGUCAACGGGAAGUACUGCUGUCCCCAGCUCUUCGUCAACCACAGGUGUUUCUCAGGCCCGUUCCUGAACAAAGGGAGGAUUGCAGAGCUACCUCAGUCGGUGGGGCCUGGCAAGUGUGUGCUGGUGCUGAAAGAGAUUCUUACCAUGAUAAUCAAUGCCGCCUACAAGCCUGGGAGGGUAUUGAGAGAACUGCAACUGGUGGAGGAUCCACACUGGAAUUUUCAGGAGGAGACACUCAAGGCAAAGUACAGAGGCAAAACGUACAGGGCUGUGGUCAAGAUCGUGCGGACAUCGGACCAGGUGCAACAUUUCUGUCGCCGCGUGUGUGCCAAGCUGGAAUGCUGUCCAAAUUUAUUUAGUCCUGUGUUGAUUUCUGAGAACUGCCCAGAGAACUGUUCCAUUCACACCAAAACCAAAUACACCUAUUAUUAUGGAAAAAGAAAGAAGAUCAUUAAACCCCCAAUUGGGGAAAGCAGCAUUGAAAGCGGGCAUCCAAAACCAGCCAGGAGAAGGAAACGUCGGAAAUCCAUCUUUGUGCAGAAGAGACGAAGAUCUUCUGCGGUGGACUUGCCAGCAGCCUCUGGGGAGGAAAGUGAGGAGGAGGAUGCAGAGGCCCCGGAGGACGACACUGCCAGUGAGGAAACUGGUUCUGAGGUCCGAGGUGACCAGACAGACACCUCAUCAGCGGAGGUGCCCUCCACCAGGCCCCGGAGAGCUGUGACCCUGCGGAACAGUUCACAGGCUGCGAAGCGGCCUCCAGUGGAGAGGCCACGAAGGGUCCGCCCAGCGCCAACCACUACCUCUGCUGUUGAAGGCGACAAGGCCCCGCCUGCUAGGCCCAAGGAACCAGAGGAAACAAAGCAAGAGGAUGAGGAAAGGCUGAUUCUUGAGAGCAAUCCGUUGGAGUGGACGGUCACAGACGUGGUACGAUUCAUUAAGCUGACGGACUGCGCGCCCUUGGCCAAGAUCUUUCAGGAGCAGGACAUCGACGGCCAGGCACUCCUACUGCUGACUCUACCAACCGUGCAAGAGUGCUUGGAGCUGAAGCUGGGACCUGCUAUCAAGUUAUGCCAUCAGAUCGAGAGAGUUAAAGUGGCAUUCUAUGCCCAGUAUGCCAACUAGCUCAGCUUGCCUGGGGUGGUGCCUGAUUCUAAUGAUGCUGUGUUUCUGAAGGUUUCCAGAAAUGAGACCUUGAUUUUCUAGGUGCUGUGAAAUAAAUAGUACAUUCAUUGAGCAUCUCCAAAAAGCAAGAAGCCCACGACCUCCUUCAUGCACCAGCCUCUUUGAUAGUUUGAUGUCUCUAAAGCACACAGAAGGACCGCAGCAGCAGUUUCUGGGACUGUAGCGAAAGUUCUGUCUCAGAACUUUCCCGGCUCUGGACUUGCUUCUUGAUCUCCGAGUUUCAUUUCUCUCCCACCCAAGCUAGGCAGCUUCCUGUAGGCCAGGUUUCCUUACACUGAGGUCCAGGUUCUUGGAAAACUGAAUUGGACUGAGUCCCUCCACGCAGAAUCCCUGACUUGCCGGCAGUUUUUGCCUGACUCGCUCUCAGGCUCUUUCACAGCUCUAUCUGGCCCACACAUGCAAACUACUGUGGUUUACAGUCACCUGCUGUCCCAUUCGAUCUCACUGACAACUCCUUUCUCCAACACAACUGCCAGCUCUGUUUCAGGAUGCCGGUAUAACACGAUGUGCUAAGCUCCGUCCUCUAUGUCAGAGUGCCUUUCACAAGUUUGGCUGCUUACAGCAGACAGCUACUGUGUAAGCAGAGCCCAGAACAUUGGCAGUGGCAAGCACUGUCCAUAGUCUCCUGCAGAACCAUAGAUUCACUGUUCCACGAUUACUGUGACCCGUCAGGGGGAGGCUAUCUUAGGGAAAUACCAAAUUCUGUAUUGAAGACAAAGCUUUCAGAGGGCCAGCAUGGGAAGAAAUUUGAGGAAGCAUUUUGUGAGCUAGAUGUAUCUACUUAGAAAUGGUAACACAGCUGGUCGCUGCAUACAAGCCCUUCUGCACCUCCCUUCUGCUCAUCUGGCUUGCCACACGGGAAGCCAGCAUGAGGAAGUAGCAAUGCCUAACAUGAUAUAGCCGAGAGAACACUGGGUCUGGACUCUGUUUCUAUCCUGCCUUUGCUGAUGACCAGCUGCAUGUCUUUGGGGAACUCCCACCACUCUGGACUCAAGCUCCCAUUGAAGGAAAAGGCAGGUCACUUAGUAGUCAGGCACUGAGUAGACCAUCUCCCCUCAGCCUUCUCGUGCUUGCUAGAUAGGAGUCCAGGUGGACCAAAAUGGGAAAAAGUGGGGCCACAGAAUUUAACCUGCCGGUUCCCGCAUUUCACUCCCUUUGAGGUUGCUCAUGAAAUUUCACUAAGUCAUCUAUAGAAUAAUCAGUGAUUAUAAAGUUUGCCCAGUCUUUUCUGUCCAGCACUUCCUCUGUGUUUUCUCACAAGUGGUUCAACAUGUACUUCCAAACCCCAAGGGACUGAGGUACAUUAUGACAUGGAGGUCACCUCCCUGCCUUGUCUUUUUAAAACCAUGCAAGGAAACCAAACUUUUACUCUGUUUAGGAGUAAAUGUUGAUUUUGGAAGCUUAACUUCCCACCUAUAUGGAUUUUAUUGUUUUGCUUUCUGGUUUUUCAUGUUUUGUCAUACUUGUGUUGGUUUUUUCUCUCUGACUAGAGUCUCAACUGCCCCAGAACAUAGUGUGACAUGCUGCUUGUAGUUUAGCGACAUUUUAAGGCGUGGUGAUCUGUCAGACUGGAGCACUGGGGUUGUUUAUGCUAACCCCUCUCAGCAUUGUGCAAUGGGUGCUGCUGGAAGCAGAAAUCAAAUUAUUUGUGGUUGGGACUCUUCCCUAAAGCUGCUUUUCUAUUGUCAAGCUACAGACCUUUGGUGAAUGGGUGUACCUAGGGACAACUGAUGGUCAGAUUGUGUCCUUUUUGGUGCUAUAAGGAUGGAGGUGCCCCAUGCUCAUGCCUGCAUGGUUGCCUUGUAGUUGAAUUUCUCUCUUCUGUGCUACAUGUUGAACCUUCCUUAGCUGGCCGGCCUUCUCAGCCAUAUGCUUUUGGCCAUAAAUACUCAAUCUAUUGGUUGGAAAGGGUAUCUAUUUCAAGAUGGCGUGGCAUUUCUCCUGUGCUGACUCCUUGAUCCUUCAAUGUGCCCUUGUCAAGAUGAGCUCUUUCUUUUGCAUCUGAAACCUGGAUGCAGCUGUGGCAUUAGCAGCACACGAUGUGCUUUGAGAGCAAAUGCCACUUUCUCAUGCCAUUUCCGGUAAUGACACUGAGGAGCAGGUGUUGCUUCAGAACAUGGAGAUUUUUCUAGAGGUCUACUGAGCCCACAGAAAGAGCCAGAAGAAUAUUAACAGAAAACCCAGUCAGGAUAUGGCCGCCAUUGGUCAGAAACCCUACAUCCUAUGGAACCACAAGUCCCAGCCUGUCCCCAUCCUUCAGCUGUGCAGUUUAAUGUCAAUGCCUCUCUGUACAAUAUCAUUCCCUUCAGCCUCAUUCUUAGUCUCCAGCUUCGGCAAGGAAGAGAUGGCAGUAAUCAUACCAGAAGAAUGCCCAGCCAGGGUCCACCCUCAUCAUAGUGGCUGUCAGUGGCAGUCAGCCCAGCCCUCCAGUAGACUUGAGAAUUACGAGAGGAUUGAAGGGGAUGGUGUUCCUCUGGGAGAUGCCAGCAUCCUCCAGAGCUUUGGUCCAGGAUGGUGUGCUCAUCAUGUGGACAACAAUUUUGUUACCAGAUUGUAAAGUGGAUUUUGUUUCUCUCUAGACUCACCUCUCCCCUGCUUCUGUCUUAAACACGGGGCUGAUUCCCAAGGAACAAUUUGUUCUUUACCCCCAUUACUAUGGCAGAAAAAGAAAUGGAUCUUACAUACAUACUCCAAAUACCACCACAGCCUGUACACCAAAAACAUUCUACUCUAAAUAUGGUCAAACGAUGCCCUCCCGCGUAUUCCUUCCUGGAUGGUAUCAUUUCAUUAUCUCUCUGAUUAUCUUCUGGGACCAGAGUCCUCUCCUUCAUGUCCCCACACCUUGGGUACAUCACACCUUUCAUUGCCUCCUAUAACCAGCCAAGCAGACGCCCUACAGUCUGUGCCAUGCAAUCGAGGAACGGAAAUGUCACCUAAACUUAAAUAAUGACAGUCCAUCAUUUAUUCCCACUCCAAAGUUUAGCAAGUUUAUUUUAGCCCUUAACUUCCCGGCUGCAUUUGUGCUGUA